AUGAACCCACAGAUAGUAUAUUCAAACCCUGCUCCACAGCCGUGUCCAACUGGCCCACUUCCACUCUCCCAAAUCCCUGGUUUCUUCACCUCUUCUUGUGGGCUGUUAAACCAAUCGAACGCAAACAUCAACGAUUGCUCUUCUAUUUCCAAUUCUUCCAACAAUCUCGUUUCUUCUGCAACCUGUCUCACAGCCUCUGGUUUACCUCAUAUUGCAACCGCCUCUCCUCUUUCUGCACCCCAGCUGGCUACAUUUUCUCCCUCUAUGCCUCCGACUUCCACUCCCAUUGUCGUGGCAUCGUCUACUUCUGAUCCAACUCACCUCUCUACAUCUGGUUGGCCGAUAUCUGGCCAUGAGGUCCCUGGUCUCGUCCCCCACCAAUCACCACACUCGCCACAGCCUCAGUUAGCCGGAGUGGGUACUGUGCCUUCGCUACACAUCUCUACAGCUCUACCAAGUGCCUUAACUACAACAACCAUUAGCGCUAGUGUUACACCAGACUUCGUCCCUAAUCUUAGCACGAUCUCUUCCUCCACGCAAGCUUCGCUAAUGCCUUUCCAUGGUACUCAUCAGCCAGUUUCAAUUGUCUCAGCAACUCAGUCAUCUGAAUUCUCUAAUGGACCUGUUUCUAACACAUCAACUAUCUCUCCUACUUGUCGAACCAUGCUUGUACCAUCCACUCGUCGAUGGCGAUCUGGAACAUCGAUCCAAUUAGUUUCUCCAAAUUCUCCUAUCCUCACUCAAACGUCGACUCCUAUCUCUACAGGCAUCGUAUAUGGAACAACGGAAUCUGCAACGGCUUUAGCUAGCACUUGUGUCUCUACCAGCUUCGCAACAGGUAAGCUUGAUCUGGCAUCUUUAUUUUGA